GAUUUUUUCUGAUUAAUCAAACAUUUGAAUGAAUUAAAUCAUUUUCGAGUUUAAUUGGUAUGGUUGAUUCUCUUACGAACAUUUGAAUGUGUAAAUUGUAAAUCUCUCUUUGAAUGUUUAGAGGAAAAAAGUUAAACUCAUUGGAAUAAUAUUUGAAUCCUCUUUUGAAAUCCUUUAAUUUAAUUUAUUUAAUUUCGUUUCAUUAACUAGGACGUUUAAAGAAAAAUGGGUAGAAAAAAGAAGAAGCCAAUUAAACCAUGGUGCUGGUAUUGUAAUCGUGAAUUUGAUGAUGAAAAGAUUUUAAUUCAACACCAGAAAGCUAAACAUUUUAAAUGUCCAACGUGUCACAAAAAACUUUACACUGGACCAGGUAUGGCGAUCCAUUGUAUUCAAGUUCAUAAGGAGACUAUUGAUAAGAUACCAAAUGCUUUACCUAAUCGUAACAGCGUGGACAUUGAAAUUUAUGGUAUGGAAGGUAUUCCAGAAGCUGAUAUGAGGGAACAUGAACGUCAGAAAGGGAAUCCAAAUGCAAGUGUAAACUUACCUCCGAUGGGAAUGCCUCCUCAAUUACCUAGAAUGCCACCGCCAAUGACAAGUCCUGCAGCAGUUGCUGCCGCUGCUGCUGGUAUGAUACCUCCUCAAGCAGUUGGAUUGAAUAUUCCUCCUCCAACAACACCAUACAUGAUGUCCGGAUAUUUACCUAAUCCUCCUUAUUCUGCACCUCCAGUGAAUGUUCCACCUCCAACGAAUGCCAACAAUCCAUAUGCAGCCAUUGGUGUUCCUCCGUCUUCUUAUGGAUCCGCCAUACCUCAACCACCCCCAUUGAUACAGCCAGUGGUCAAUUCGUCGAUUCCUGGAACAUUGUCAAAUGUUCCUAAUAAACCGCUUUUCCCUUGUGUAUCAAAUACAGGAAGUGACAAAUCAUCAUCGACAACUGUUGUUGGAGCUGAUUUUAAACCAAUACCAAGUGGCAGUAAUAGUAUCAGUUCGACAACAACUAGUACAACCAAUCAACCACCACCUUUAUCUAGUGGUAUAAUAGCAAAACCCGCUUCUAGUGUAGCCUCGACCGGAACAACUUCAAAAAUAAUUCAUCCAGAGGAAGAUAUAUCAUUAGAGGAAUUACGAGCUCGUUUAACCAAAUAUAUUGGAUUGAUACCUCAACAGUUGACCACAAAUAACAUGGCCGGUGACUCAAAUACGUUCAAUUCAAAUCAUAAGGUUGAUGUUAAACCCGCCAUCCCUCCUCCUGCUCCUCCAUAUUUUGUUAAUGUCCAAAAUAAGUUUUUAUAAUAUUUAAUGAUAAUUUUCUUCGAGGAUUCAUUUCGCAAAAAAUAAGAACACACAAAAUCAACUUCAUCUUCAAACAAAGCAAACAAUUAGUGAAUGGCGAAAAAAAGCAAAUUGCAACCAACAUAAACACUCAAACUACCACAAUGUCUAACAAAAAGAAAUCAAAACAAAGCAAAAAUCUUAAUACAAUCAACGCAUCAUUGGUAUCGGAUGGUCAAAUUUGACAGUUUCAUUUGAUAAAUCACAAAUAUAUUGUCCAAUUUACCCUUAAAAACUAUCUCCUUCUGUAUCCUUUAAAAGAAUGGACGAUAAAUCGUCAAUAAUUAUAUAAUUAACAUUUUUCAAUCUCUUAACAA